UUCCCAAACAACACAGCUACAGGCAACUAAACAACAACAAUAACACGAGCCGCACUGGCUCCUCUGGGCAGCAGCGGCCAACUUUGGCUUGGGAUUUUGUGACUUUCUCUACAAUCUCACACACACACACAUACACACACACUCUCUCUGACUUUGUCAAGGAAGGAGAGGGAGAAGGCGAGCCAGCAGAAGCAGCAGCAGCAACUCAGGAUGAGUCUACUGUCAACGAUCGACACCAGCGCCUCUGUCUACCAGCCAGCCCAGCUCUUAAACUGGGUCUAUCUGUCUCUGCAGGACACUCACCAGCCGAGUGCUUUUGAUGCUUUCAGACCGGAGCCGUCAUCCCAGCACCACGACCUGAACUACACCAAAGCGGCCGCCGACCUGGGAACUUCGCUCUAUUCCAACUAUCUCAAUAACUUUUCCCAACUCCACAGGAACGAGGCUAUUACCAGCGGGUUGUAUAAGAACACGUCUCCCUAUGGUUCUCUGAGUAAUAUCGUGGAUGGGCUGAGCUCGUUGACCGACCAUUUCUCGGAUCUAUCCUUAUCGGCAGAACCCCGCAAACCCGGCAAAAGACCUCCACCCAACUACCUGUGUCACCUCUGCUUCAACAAAGGGCAUUAUAUCAAGGACUGUCCCCAGGCACGCCCCAAAGGAGAAGGCCUGACCCCUUACCAGGGCAAGAAACGCUGCUUUGGUGAAUACAAGUGCCCUAAGUGUAAGAGGAAAUGGAUGAGCGGUAACUCAUGGGCCAACAUGGGCCAGGAAUGCAUCAAGUGCCACAUCAACGUUUACCCCCACAAGCAGAGACCCUUGGAGAAACCUGAUGGUCUGGACGUGUCGGAUCAGAGCAAAGAACAUCCACAACAUCUGUGCGAGAAGUGCAAAGUUCUGGGCUAUUAUUGUCGUCGGGUGCAGUGAGUGGCUCACCAGACCUCGCAGCCACCAGCAUUGCCACCCCCUCCAUCCCCGAAUCCUUCCUCCCCCCCCCCACUCCCCACCGUCCCCCCACACCCGUCAGCAUCCCUCUCCCAACACUGCUCAGACCACAUGUCCAGUCGAAAGAUGAAUUCGCCAAAAUCUCGCUCGUGACAGAAAGCAAUUAAGGGGCCUUAAAUUGGUAGAAUGUGACUCUUUCCUCUGUAUGUGCGUAUUUUCGGGUUGUAUUUAUAGUAUUAACUACCAGAAACAGUAUUACCAAUAGCAGUUUAAUGUGGCACCUUACAUGGGUGCCUUGCCUACUCUUUGUUUACAGAGACUUUGUACCAGGAGCCAGUGCAAGGGGGAGAACAUAUUGAGCUGAAAGGCUGUUAUUUUAAACCAAGCCUCUUCUGUGCCAUUACUAACCCAUAAGCUGAUAGUACAAGUCCACUUGCUGUGAAUUGUCACAUGGAUUGAGAGCUUCGAUCCCCUAGCUCUUUGUGUCAAAAAAAGCUGGCAAGCGUCAGUAUUAGAGUAGUAACAAAAAUAUGGUUAUUGGCAUGUGAUUCCAACGAAGACUGACAAAUAUGUGUCUGGUAUUGUAGAGAUUAAAGAGUAGGUUGAAAAGGGAAAGAGGCAUGAUUAACUCUUGGGGUACUGAAUAAUAUUUUUGAACAGUAGACAGCACAUUAUCACAACUGGAGAUAUUUCCCUAGACAUCCACAUCAAAUAACUGCAGUGACAAAAUGCAAUACUGUGAAUUUCUGCAAUCCUUAAUCACUGAACACUAAGCGCCUUCAGAACUUAAAUCCGUUAACUUAUCUUUGGAGUUCAAAUUUUUAAACAUCACUUGUCUGCCAUUUCGAAAUUAAACUUUUAUUGUUUUUCACUUUGAGUAUCCUUCCUUCCCCAUGAAGCAAAUGCAUAUUUCAUCUAAGCUGGUUUUGCUGUUUUUCUGUGCUGUCCUGGGACAGACUGCUAAAUGGUUCAAGACCGCCUUGCUGCUUUAAUCCUCCACAUGUGGAAAAGCUUAGUAUUUGUUCAAGUAUCUCUCCCCAACCACUACUGAAGUGCAGGGAAAAGGCAAGGGGGAAGAAGCCAGCACUGAUCUGGUGUUGUCCAUUAAUCUAAUCCCUGUCACUUCUCUCAGGCUCUCCAUCAACUGAUGAAGACAGUAGGGCAUCAUUGCACACUUAACCCUCACCUCUACGCUAAAAUCCAAAGAUGUGCAGAUUAAGUGGAUUGGCCAUUCUAAAUUGCUCAUAGAGUUCAGGGAUGUGUAGGUUAGGUGCAUUAUUCAGGAGUAAAUGUAGGGUAAUGGGAAUGGGUCUGGGUGGGUUACUGUUCGAAGGGGCGGUGUGGACUUGUUGGGCCAAAUGUAGGGAUUCUAUGAACAUUCUAGGAAAUACCCAUCCUACCACUCCUUUCACAGAGUAAAGACUGGGACUGCUGAAAAAGUAUAUUUUUUUUAAAUUAUUCAAUAAUGGCCUGUAGGUAUCACAGGCUAGGCCAGCAUUUAUUUGUGUUUUUUUCUUUUUUUUUCUUUUUAUUACCCCCACACUACCACCUAACUGCGGUAGUGCUUAUUUUUCCCUAGCAAUCAUGCCGUGUGUGUGUGCAGGAGUAGGACAAGAAAUGUGUAAAUAUUUAUUUAUAUUCCACCACCAGGAAGAAAGGAAACACCUGAGUGGUCAGUAACAAGCGCAUCAAAGGGCAAUGCUGUGUGAUCAAACAGUGAAGGGGAGGGCAGGGAUUAAAUCAAAAUAGAGUUGGAGGGGGAAAUAAUGCACUCCACUCCCUGAACAGCUCAAGGGUGUUGGUGGAUAACGCAUGCUGCUUCUCCAGGGACACCUGGGCUCUAACGUAACCGUGGAAGAGGGACUACCAAUCGGCCCUAACAACCCCCUCCACGGCCCGCUGCCUGGACCUGUUUAUGGCCAGUUUGGCUGGGCCCAGCAGCAGACCCACAAGGAGGUCCUCUGACCUACCCUACACCCUCCGUACCUGGUGCCCAAAGAUCAAGAGCGUGGGACUGAAGUGCAGCCAAAAGCAGAGGAGAAGAUUUUCCAGAAAACUAAAAAGGGAGUGCAAACGUCCACACCCCGUGUACACAUGGUCCACGGACUCCACAGCACCACAGAACAAGCAGCUGGGCUGGGAGUCCGUGAACCACCGCAAUCUGCGGUUGCAGGGGACUGCUGCGUGCAGCACCCUUCACCCCAGAUCCCCAAGAGAAAGGGGGAGGACUCCCGCGUAGAGAGACCUCUAUUGGGGAUCCCCACUGCCCGGUGGCAAAUGGGCACGCCAUGGCGUGUCCUGGCAGGGGAUGCGGGAGAAGAGAUGAAUGGUGUGCAGCAACAGUCGAUACAGGGCCCACCAUGAUACGUCCUUGAGGGGGACAAAACUAAAGUUCCGGAGGCAGCUCAGGUUGUGGAGCACAGGCUCCCUCGGGAAGUACAGGACCUUGAGGCCAAUGUGAAAUUCCGUGCGGGCUGGGUUGAGCGCGGACGGGAUCCCACUGCACACCUGAGCAUCUUCCAACUGGUUUACUACAUCUGGUCCGAGCACUGCCGUUUUAAGGCAUCAAAUGGCGGUGGCCAUGUACUGGACGCCUACCACUGUCCUCACUAUAUCCUGCAGCAGCGUCCAGCCCAGGCCCCCGCCACCCAGCAUGUCCCCAAGCCUGGUCACCCUCGCCGCCAUGGCCCUCCCCUCCGACAGCCAAUCGAACCCACGAGUACGGAGGUGCGGAUUCCUAAGCAAUGGUUCCCUGAGGACAGCCAUUUCUAGGCCAUCAUGUAUUGCCCAUCUGUAAUUGCUCGUAGGGCAAUUAAGAGUCAGCCACAUUGCUGUGGGCCUGGAGUCACAUGUAGGUCAGACCAGGUAAGGAUGGCAAUUCCCCUCACAUAGCAAUAUUGGGGUAACAUCGGACCACUAUAUAAGAAACUGUAAGACCUUCAGUUUAUCUUGAACCUUAACAUUGGUGAUGUGAAGAAAUAUAACUGAACCAAUCAAAGCCAUAAUUUUCCACCGUCUCCCAACUUUUAAAAUUUUUUAUGCGUACUUUUUCAGACCUGCUCUUCAUAUUUUCUAGUCUCAUAAGCAGAAUAUUGCAUCACAUUCUUUUAGCAAGUAGUGCUUUUUUUAAAAAAGCCGAUCAAUGUAUAGCAAUCAGCAGUUACUUUCACUGGAGAAAGCACAUAAUUCCACUCUGUGAAACCAAGAUUUCAUAUAAACACUAUGCUUUCAGGACAGAACCGAAGGCUGGAUUUUUAAGGUCAACAAAUUACGUCUGAUGUGCACUUUCCCACAGAUAUUUGGAAAGCUUUUCUGUUCUGAGUUUGGCAGAUAGAAAUCCAGAACAACACAACAUCUUCUGCAGGGGAUGUAGGAUCUGGGAGAGCAGGGUGAGCAGCAGCGUUGCUGAUUUAGUAAUCAGAUAGAACAUGGAGUCAGAACCUGAACCUCUCAAUGGUCACUGGAAAGUUAAUUUAGUGUCAUAUGAUAUGUGAAAAGAACAAUAGAGAGGAAAUAAAAAAUGGAAUUAUAAAAGGGACAGAAACAAUAAAAAUCAUUUCUUCAAUUAUUGAAUGUUUACAUACUUGUGGAACAUAGAAUUUGCGAAAAAUAACUUAUGAGAUUUUUAACAUUUUAGAAACCCCAAUAAUGAUUGAAAACCAAAGGAAUGACACUCAAUGCUGGUCAACAUUGGGGUGGUAUGUGGCUCAGUGGUUAGCACUGCUGCCUCAUGGUGUCAAGGACCUGGGUUGACUGUCUGUGUGGAAUUUGCACAUUCUCCCUGUGUCUGUGUGGGUCUCCUCCUGAUGCUCUGGUUUCCCCUCACAAUCACAAAGUUGUGCAGAUUAGGUGGAUUGGCCAUGCUAAAUUGUCCAUUGUGUGCAGACUAGGUGCAUUACUCAGGGGUAAAUGUAGAGUAGUGGGGGAAUGGGUUUGGGUGGGAUACUCUUUGGUGGACUUGUUAGAUCAGAGGGCCAGUUUCUACACUGUAGGGAUUCUAUGAUUAAUUUUCAGUGCUAGUGGGGUUAUUUGUCAAUAACUAAGACUUAACAAGCUCUUAUAGAGUCUUAAAGUCAUAGAGGUGUACAGCAUGAAAACAGACCCUUCGGUCCAACCUGUCCAUGCCGAUCAGAUAUCCCCACUCAAUCUAGUCCCACCUGCCAGCACCCGGCCCAUAUCCCUCGAAACCCUUCCUAAUUAAUUACACUCAAAUGGAUAAAUCCUAACUUUGUCUCCCAUCUUUAAUGUACUUCUAUCAUGCAAGGGCAGCAAUGUCAUCUUUGCUAUACAUUUUAAUGGCAAAUCUAUCAGCUGAAUACCAGUGUAGCAUAGAUUCUCAAGGAGCACAGCAGCUCAAACAAACUUUCAGGCUCACCAUUGCUGUUGUUGUGAAGUCAGGCUCUUUCUGACUAAUGUUCCCGCAUUGCAGUCGCACUACUGUGAGCAGUUCGCCCUUGUACAUUCUAUAUUCAUGUUGAAAAGGGUUACAAGUGGAGCAGACUCUCAGAUUUUAGAAUAGAAUAGUAAUCGAAACACACCUGACCUGCUUUUCCUCUUUCUAAUUAAAUGUUUUUUUUAAAAGUUUGAACUCCUCUGAUAAGUUUGAAUUCUCACUUUCCUUUCUAACGCAAAGUGCCAUUUUUUCAGUGGGCUGUGCACUGUGAUCUCUUUACAAACUGUUAUGAUGCCUUAUUGAGAGUAACAGUUGCCUUAAAGUCUCUUGUAAGCCAUUAAAAUAAUAAAAUAUAAAAUGCAAAAUUGCUGGAGACACAAAAUAACACUAGAAAUUCACUCUAGGUCAGCCAACAUCUAGGUCAACAUUUUGGGUCUGCAUUUUCAUCUUUUCAUUGCCGACUCUCUCACUUCUCUCUAUUGUUAAAAUGCCUCUUUCUUUCAGAUCCAUAAAGAGGUAAAGACUCUUCAUUGCAGGUCACUGGCCUGAUGUGCAUUUCAGGCAUUUAUUGCUUCUCUAUGUUCUGCAUUCUCUUAGAUAAAAUAAAUGGACUUUAUGGAUUUGAUGUUGGGGUUUCUCAACUAGAAGAAGCUACAAGUGCAAAUUAUGUGUCCUGCCACUGUGUGGUGCCCAGAUAGGUCAGCAUUUGCAAAUUAGAAUUGGUGGUUAAAACUGUUCUGAUGCAUAGUACUUGGGCAUGUCUGCAAACAGAGAGACCAUGGUGACAUGAGUCCAAUGGACAGGACAGUGCUUUAGAAAAGUUGUCACACUAUUGAUUCAUAUCUUUACUGUUGGUAAUUAGACUAAAGAUUAACUAUUUUGGCAUACACAUGCCAGUCCUUCCCCCCCACUCAGUCACGAACCAACAGUGUGCUCCUGCAAAAGUCCAUAGACCACCUUUCCAAAACCUUGCUUCUUUCCCAUGUUAAAUUGUGGGGAGGGGUCAGUGAUUGGUGCUGGCAUCUGUCAAUGCAAUUUUCCUAUAAAGAGCAAAGUACAGCUUCCAACACAGUCUUGCGACCUGGUGCUUCGUCAGCCUUUAUGAUAAGCUGCACUUUGCUCUUUAUAGGGAAAUUGCAUUGACAGGUGCUGGCACCAAUCAGUGGCCCACCAGAACAAAUUGCUACCUGAUUUCCAGGCACUUUAUUUAUAGUCGCAACUGCGUGACAGACUGCACAUGUUGACAGGUGCUUGUGGCGUAGGGAGGGAGGUAAGAGGUUUGAGAAUCCAAUCCCCUGCACUUGUGCUGGUGACAAAACUAUUAACUCAGUACCUAAAGGAUUAACUAAGACAUGCAUGCCAGGAAACUGACAACAAAUGUAUACGCUAAGUAUGUGAGUAUGAAAGUGAGGUUUUUAAGGGACAAUCAAGAAAAAAAACAGUGUGGAGUUUUUAGCUAUAUUGGAUAUAUUUGCCUAUAUAUGAUGUAUUCUGGAUUCUGCUUGCAGAUGUAUUUAUCUUAAGUAUUACUGACGAUAUAGUCCUUUUGUUUGGAUUUUUAUACU